AUGACCGCACUACACGUAGGCAUCAGUUUCAAAAUUCGGGCGACAUUGGGUGAGAACUUGCAUGGUAGUAGCACCAUUUCAUAUUCUCGCGAACACCUCCGUCACCUCCAUGAUCAUCACGGUCACAGAGCCAGGGUCAUCUGCGUAAGCAGCGACAGUGGGGAAUUGGCGGAUCAAUAUCCUCUCGUCGUCAAAAGCAAACUCCUUACUCGGAAGUCUAUUUUCGAGAUGCGCGCGCUUAUUCCCGACUUCCGGGAGGCAGAGGCAACAAGAAAACGAACACUGGUCCCGGACCGUCUGACACUGGGCCAUCUGGCUAGGCUGAAGUACAACCAGCCAAUGCAAGAUUGUUACCAGGACAUUGCGAAUGACCGCGAUACGUGA